AUGCCCAAGACUAGCCACCACACCAUCACGCCUGGCGAGAUCGACUUAUUUCUUGACCCCGACUACAGAGUAGCAUCUCUGAGCAAUCUCAUGAUCCCUGCCCCACAUCAUCCGACCGGAAACCCGGCGGAGUCAUCAGUCUUGUACCACACCAUCCAUCGUUACGGCUUCGAUAUCCUUGCCCCGUUGACAUGUCUCCGCAACAGGGCCAAGGUGGUGGUGGUUUGUCUCAGCAAGGAGACAACAUCCGGCGAGAAAACUCCGCUCUUAUGGCAUCAAGACGUCUGUGUUACGAUUACGAGUCUAGGCGUUCUAAAGUGUCUCACGGGGUCCUCCAAGUCCAUGACAAGACCGGUCAAGCACGCCUCCCUUGUUGGUCAGCUCCUUCACGGAGCCUCGUCUCGUUAUAAGCUCUCGACAAAGGAUUCCAGAGCCCCAAGCCACGCCUCAAGGCUCGCGAGGCAAGCUGUAGCCUUGACGGGCGUAACGGCCUCGUAUCACGGUGUGGGAGAGUUGGCGAAUGGGGACGAGGGACGGGCCGGCAAGACCCUGGUGAGUGACAUUUGGACUGGCAUUCCCGGGCCAGUAACACAUGGAUGCUGGGAUUCGAAACACAAUGGCGGUCUGGUCCCUUUCCGCAUUCUCAAGAUGAACCUCGUGGUGACGCCCGCGUUCGUGGGAGGAGCGAAGGCGAAACACGGUUUACAAGCCAUGGAGGGCAAAGCCAUCGUGAUUACGAGUGCAGUUCUACUACCCCAGCAAGAUGCCAGUGGAGUCUCGAAGCGGGAGGGUUGUAGCAGAGUCGAUGGCCGACAUUCGACGCAACCGCUCUCACACCUCAGGUCACAAGAGAUGAUCGAAAAGAGGGGACUCUGUGAGGGGAUUCCGCAGCAGGAAAUGAUUCCAAUCUUGCCUCUGUUUAGAGUCUUGGCUCGGAAAAGGCGGGAUGUUGAGUACGCAAAGGACGGGGCGUGGCCAGCGGUACUCGUCGACUUGACGGACAACCAUAACUUUCCGGUUUCUUUGUUCAUGGGGGCGAUCCAGGCCCGGGUUCGCCUUGCUUGUGAUAUGAUUGUUGUUGUUGAGGGUGUCCUGGAGGGCGAGACGAGUCAGGUCGUUGACGUUGACGUUGACGUUGUCGCGGGGUUCCGUGUCAGGGAGUCGGGGUCGUCGUUAGCAGAGACUUGGUCGAACACGCUGGAUGUUCGUAGAUGGUUCAUUGCAUGUAAUGUUGGUCUGUGGUGUGACUUUGUGAGCAUACCGGCCAAGAUUACUCUGUAG